AUGGAAAAGAUGCAGGCCAAAGACAGCAGUCCACCAGAUGGUGGCUAUGGGUGGGUUGUGGUGGUGUCAGCCUUCAUGGUGAUGGGCCUGACUGCUGCUGUUCUCAAGACUUUUGGUCUGUUCUUUGUUGAAAUCCAGGAGCACUUUGAUGAACUUGCAAGCACCAUUUCGUGGAUCACGUCAGCAACUAUUGCCACCUUUCAUUUAGGAGCUGUUUCAUCUUUGAAUGCUUUAUUUGAUUGCUUAGUCAUGUCAAUCAGCUUAAUGUUCCUAAUGUAUUUAUCUUGCUCCUGUUUUGCUGUUGAUCUAGCCCCCGUUGCCAGCUCACUCUGUGUAAAAUACUCCCAUCGGGCAGUUGUGGUCACCGGAGGACUCCUCGCUUUUUCAGGAAUGGCACUGGGAUUUCUUGGGCUCAACAUGGUCUGGAUGUAUGCAACAACUGGCUUCCUACAGGGACUUGGGAUUUCCUUCUCAUGGACACCAGCCAUUAGCAUUGUUAGCCAUUAUUUUUCCAAGAAAAGAGCUUUGGCUAAUGCUAUUGCCAGUGCUGGAGAAUGUGCAUUUGCAUUUACAUUUGGGCCAUUUUUCCAGUGGUUGAUUGGCCAAUAUGGAUGGAAAGGUGCCCUCUUGAUCAUAGGUGGCAUCCAACUCAAUAUCUGUGUCUGCGGAGUGCUGAUGCGACCCCUGACAAACAACUGCUGCCUUGAGGCGAGCCAGUCUGAAACCCCACCUGGCAAUGGUGCAUCUAGGACAGAAAAAGAAGAAAAGUCUUCCACUGCCCACAAAACCUUCAACUGGAUGCUUGUGAGGAGACCGGAGUUCGUUCUUUAUGCCACGUUUGGCAUAUUAGCUGCUAUGAGUUUUUUUGUUCCUCCGUUAUUUUUAGUUCCACUUAGCUACAGCAUGGGAAUAGAUGAAUCUUGGACUGCAUCCCUCCUAUCCAUUUUGGCUAUGGUGGACUUUGCAGGCAGACUGCUAUGUGGCUGGUACGCCAAUCUCCAUGUUACCAAAACUAUUCAUUUACUGACAAUGACAAUUACACUGAUCAGCACUUCCUUGAUGCUGUUGCCAUUGGCUAAUAAUUAUCUGUCCCUGGCAAUAUUCACUGGCUUCUAUGGAUUCUUCUUUGGCACAACAGUCGCCGUUCACAUUACAGUGCUGGCAGAUGUUGUGGGCAUGUCAGAUUUUGACAGUGCUCUAGGGCUUUUCAUGCUCAUUCGAAGCACUGGAGGUUUUCUGGGGCCUCCGCUUGCUGGUCUGAUUGUGGACAUGGCUGGAGAUUACAAAGCAGGCUUCUACAUGGCAGGAGCCACUCUUGUCCUAGCAGCUGUAUUUUUAGUUAUUUUAGAUCAAUUUCAACAAAGAAGUGAAAGAGGAACUCAGACUAAUGCUAAACCAGAAAAGUCAACAUUAUCAUACCCUUCUCUCCAUUUCCUGAAACUUCAGAACAGAAGGUAUCAAGAACAUGAUGUAGUGGUGUGA